UCUCCCGCGAUUGAAGGUUGUUUUUGGUUUCUCUCUCUUUCUCUCGAUUCGAUCUCUCUUCGUCUCAUCUCCACCGAUUCUAGGGUUUCCAUUCCGAUAGUAAUUGCUCCAAUUUGAUUUGGGGCCUUGGCGCUAGGGUUUCUGCGCUGCCAGAUCCGUCUUCGGUUUUCCGGUUUCUUAUUUCGGAAACCUUCCUUCGAACUUCAACAUGUUUUGGCGCAUGGCUGGUUUGUCUACCGCGUCUCCUGUGGAGACCAUUUUGGAUAGGGAGAAUUUUACUUUGGAGGAAAUACUUGAUGAGGAUGAAAUUAUUCAAGAAUGCAAAGCUCUUAAUAGUCGCCUUAUAAAUUUUUUGUCUGGAAGAGUACAGGUUGAACAAUUGAUACGAUACAUUGUAGAAGAAGCUCCUGAGGAUGCUGAAAAGAAGCGAACUUUUAAGUUUCCUUUUAUUGCUUGUGAGGUAUUUACCUGUGAAGUUGAUACCAUACUCAAAACUCUUAUAGAGGAUGAGGAAUUGAUGAAUUUGUUGUUCUCCUUUUUGGAGCCAAAUCACUGCCAUAGUAACCUACUAGCUGGAUAUUUUAGCAAGGUAGCUGUGUGCCUGUUGUUACGCAAGACAGUUCCUUUCAUGCAAUAUGUUCAAGCUCACCAGGAAAUUGUGAAGAAACUGGUUGAGUUGAUUGGAAUUACAUCUAUCAUGGAGGUUUUGAUACGCUUGAUUGGUGCCGAUGAGCAUAUGUAUGUAAACCAUGUGGAUGCAAUGCAGUGGAUUGAAGACACUGAUGUGCUUGAGAUGAUUGUUGACAAGUUCAGUUCUUCAGAUUCUCCAGAAGUGCAUGCUAAUGCAGCAGAAACACUCUGUGCCAUUACACGAUUUGCUCCGGCAGGUCUUACUGCCAAAAUCUCCAGCCCAAGCUUUAUAGGUAGAUUAUUUCGUCAUGCUCUGGAAGACUCUCGGCCAAAAUCUGUUCUUGUCAACUCUUUAUCUGUAUGCAUAUCUUUGUUAGACCCCAAGAGACUUACUUUUGGAGCCUAUCAUACAUAUAACCGCCAAAUGGCUAAUGGAUCCACUGUAACUGCUAAUCCUGAGACUGUUGAAGGCAUGCUAGAAAGCGUGGGUGAUCUACUCAAACUUUUAGAUAUUUCUUCUGCUGAAAAUACCUUGCUAACUACUUUUGGCAAGUUACAACCACCUCUUGGAAAACAUCGUUUAAAGGUUGUAGAGUUUAUAUCAGUCUUAGUAACUGCUGGUAGUGACGCUGCUGAGAAGAAAUUGAUUGAUCUUGGAGCAGUACAAAGAAUUAUACACUUGUUCUUUGAGUACCCAUACAAUAACUUUCUGCAUCACCAUGUGGAAACUAUUAUAAUAUCAUGCUUGGAGAGCAAGAAUUCUUCUCUUCUGGAACAUCUUCUCCUUGAUUGUGAUUUUGUUGGGAAAAUUAUUCAAGCAGAAAAGCAUUUUACAUUGGAAGCUGAUACAAACAAGCCAACAAUACCUGCUGAGGGUAAAUCGCAGCCUAGGAUAGGAAGCAUAGGACACUUAACCCGUUUAUCUAACAAACUUGUCCAGUUAGGGAAUAACAACAGUGUUAUUCAGGAACAUCUGCAGGGAAAUAGUGAAUGGACAGAUUGGUACAUGAAUGUUCUAUCAAACCGAAAUGCUGUGGAAAAUGUCUAUCAAUGGGCGUGUGGGAGACCAACAGCAUUGCAUGACCGAACUAGGGACAGCGAUGAGGAUGAUUACCAAGAUCGGGAUUAUGAUGUUGCAACCUUAGCAAAUAACUUAAGUCAGGCCUUCCGUUAUGGCAUUUAUAAUAAUGAAGACAUUGAAGAGGUUCACGGCUCUCUUGAACGAGAUGAUGAGGAUGUCUAUUUUGAUGAUGAAUCUGCAGAAGUUGUUAUAUCUUCUUUGCGGUUGGGAGAUGACCAUGAAAGUGGGUCUCUCUUCACAAAUUCCAACUGGUUUGCUUUUGAGGAGGAUAGAGAUAGAGUAGCCAAUGAACGCUCAACUGGCUCCCUCGCGUCUCCAUCACCCAAUGUUGAGGAGGGUGCUAUCAAUACCAGUGGAGAUGAUAAUGUUAUUGCUGGUGAAGAUGAGGACUUAGCUGACACUGCAACAUCUUCUCCAGAAGCAGGACCAAAAUUAGAACAUGGUGGAACGGAUAAACCAGUCGAGUGGGUUGAAUGGAGGGAAUCUUCAGAUGCCAUUGACCCUUCUGAUGUUCUUCCCAAUGGAGAACUUGAGACGCAAUCGGGGAACAAUAAUGCAGCUGAGUCAUUAUCUCCGUCAUCCAGUGUUGCAUUGACAAAGGAUGAACACGUAGCUGCUGAACCAUCAGCAUCUGUCAAUGAGAACCCAAGCACUGAAAACACUCAGCCAACUGAAACAGGAAGUGAAAAUCCAAGUUCAUCUUCUGCGGAUGCAGCAUUGGCUGAAGUUGGAGACAGUAAAAAGGACACAACAGACGAUGAAAAAGUAGUCGAGCAUAUGAGUAGCUAAUGUAAAUUCCUGUGAAUUGGCUUUGGGUGGCUAACUACGCAAUGUUAACCAGGUGGGAAGAUACGUCCUGGAGUCUGGCUGGGCAAGAGUAUUUAGGACCUCUGUUCGCGCUGUUUUAUUUUUAUUAGGAAUAUUGAUUUUUUUAUUCUCACCUACUUCUGAAGCUAGAAAUUCUGUGUUUGAUGAGGCUUUAGCUCAUGCUGUUAGGUGCUACUGAGUUCUACACCUGUUCAUAUCAAUAUUUAGUUUGCCCAAUUAGGAGCUGCUGAGUUUUCACCUUUUUCAUGUUUAACUGUUCAUAUAAUACGUCACUUCGUUGCAAGUGUUUCGGUAUUGAAAUGAGUUCGUUGACUGACUUGUUCAUUCUCUCAAAGUAACCCCAUAUGAUUUUUUUAUAGGAAAUUCCUAACCCAAGUGGUUAACUCUAGCUCGGGUCUCGUGGAUGUUUACCAUUGCGAAGCUUGGUGAGAUUGUUGAUAUGGACCUGCACUUCCGAAUGCGUGCUGAAAUGAGAAAGAGAAGAAAAAAAUGGAGGGGGUGCUUUGUAAUUGAGUUCCCAGAUGAAUAAGAUUCAUUACAGUUGUAAUAUACUUUGAUCUUCGUGUUCUGAAACUUGUACUGACUUGCUCCAGUAUAUGGUAUAAGUUUCUUCCAAAUCAACUUGAGAUGACUAUCUAAUAAGAUUUAACGAGUUACGCCGAAUUGCGAUGCACUGGCCUUUUUAAAGA